AUGUCGAAUGGUACAUCGGUACCAGACACGCCGGGGACGAUCCGCACCGACGAUCUGAUGACCGACGAGGAUUUCGUCAAGGCCAUUGAGGCGAUGGGCAACGAAACCGAUACUGACAUCGGCGAACUGCUCAAUCAUAUGAAUAGAUAUGAGUUAUACUUUUUAUUCCUGAUUUCAGAAGCAAUGAAUGAGAAUCGAAUCAUCUCUUGGGAUGAAGCCGAACGUAUUCUCAUGGACACAAGCAGUGCUCCGGUGAAGAGCAGUUUACCGGAGCAGGUUCGUCCCACAGAACCUGACAAUGACACCGACGUCGACCAAUGCAUUCAGAAGCUGCUCGACAACGAUCCACACCUCAAAGAGAUCAAUCUUAAUAAUAUGAAGCGUACACCAAUUCCACAAAUACGACGACUAUUAGAGGCAAUGGCUUAUAACGAGCAUUGUGAACGAUUAUCACUGGCGAACAUGGGUCUGUACGACAAUGACAUAGCAGUGUUACUGACAGUAAUAGAGAUGAACACGGCGUUGAGAAAGCUUAACCUUGAGACAAACUACCUGAGUGGUGAUUUCUUCGCUAAGCUUUUCCGAGCUGCCCUAGUCAAUCAAACGCUGGAAGAGGUGAAAGCUGUUAAUCAGGUGACUUUGAAAGUUUCCUCGAUUUUUUUUCUUCACCACCUAAUCUUUUAUAUUUUUCUUUCCAUGAAAAUGCGCUGCUGA